AUGAUUGAACAGAAUAUAACCCAAGAAGUUAACACGAACAACAGCGAGAUUGUGAUACUGACUCUUUUACUUAUAACCACUUGUAGCUUUGUGGUCUUCUUCUACAUCAUGGCUGUAAUGUUGAGAAUCUACUUCACCAACCCUUCUGCUCGUGAAGAAGUCCGCUACGUCCUAUUUGCCCACAUGCUCAUCACUGAUAUAGUAUAUCUGUUCUUAAGCUUGUUCCUUUUCACAAUUUUUUUCUACCAAGUCACCUUCCCGGUACCAUUUUGCUACAUUGCAAUCACUGUAGCCUCAACGUCUUUGAAGAUCACCCCAUACAACCUUGCUCUCAUGUCCUUGGAGCGCUAUAUAGCCAUAUGCUUCCCACUAAGACACAGUGAAAUUUGCACUUUUCGAAGAACCAUUAUUGCGAUCGGAGUAAUAUGGGCAAUCGGUUUCAUCCCUAAUUUAGUUGACUUAGUUGUCUUGAGUGUAUCCGUAGAUCGUAGUUUUUUCUUAUUGCAUGUGAAAUGUAUACGGUCAAUCCUCCGCUUCACUGAAGUGCAAAACACCAUCAGAGAUUUUGUCUACAUCACAACUUUUUCCUUGGUGGGAUUGAUCAUCAUUUCUACCUACAUCAGAAUCAUGGUGGUUGCCAUGAAUAUUGGUUCCGGAAAGGCAUCUGCAGUAAAAGCUGGUAGAACAGUGAUGCUCCACGCGCUUCAGUUGUUGCUAUGUAUGUCCACUUUUGUCUAUGUCUUACUAGAGAAGAUACUCAAAGAAUAUAUUACUAUUAUGAUACUGGCAAUUAACUUCUUCAUUUUCCAAUGUCUUCCAAGGUUUCUCAGUCCUAUCAUAUAUGGACUGAAGGAUGAACUUUUCCAUAAACAGAUGAAAACAUUUCUGUUCUGCAAAGCCCAAAAAUGUGGCACUAUUUAA